AUGUCAAAAAUAAGCCAGUCAAAUGGGGUUUCAAAAUGUGGUGCAGAUGUGAUUCGGAAACUGGCUACCUAUCUGAGUGUGAUUUAUACACUGGCAAAAAAAAACUCAGGUCCUGAAGUAGGGCUUGGUGAGUCAGUAGUUCUGCAACUGACAAAAUCACUAUCUGGACUGGGAUGUGAAAUUUACAUAGAUAACUUUUUUAACUCUCCAGCUUUGCAGUAUUACCUUGGUUUACAAAAUAUCAGAUCAUGUGGAACAGUGCACACCAAUCGUAAAAACAUCCCAAUGACAUUCCCUCCAGACAAGGAAAUGAAAAGAGGUGAUUCAUACAGUCUCAGUAGCAAUGGUCUGACAAUCAUCAAAUGGAUGGAUAACAAACCAGUUUUUCUAAUGACUAAUUUUAUUUCCCCAAUACCAUGUACGACAGUGAAGAGGCGUCAGUCUGGUUCUUCUGAAAAGAUCAAUGUUCAGUGUGCCCUUAUGAUAAGAAAGUACAAGUGGAUGGGAGGGGUGGACCUUACGGACCAGAAGAAAGUGACUUAUGAGAUCGACAGGAAGGCAAAGAUUAAGUAUUAUAUGAGAAUUUUCUUUGAUCUUCUUGACAUUGGUGUAAACAAUGCGUAUGUAAUAUAUUCAGAAUUGGCAGAAGAAUCAGGAUUAAAAUCAACACUAUCAUCCCUAGAGUUCAGACAAUGCAUUGUGAGAAAUCUAAUUGGAAAUUAUUCAAGUCGGCAAAAGAAUUUAUCAACAGUACUGAAAACAUCAAGAAGGUCACAGACCAGUUGCAAUCCAAAGAAUGAUAAAAUCAGACUUAAGGAAGAGAUGAGUUCAUUGUGCUUCAAAUAG